AUGGCCCUCAACAAAGAACUGUCCUCCACCUACAGCCAGUUUCUUGAAACUGCCCCGAAGGAAGUGUCUUCCGUCAUAACAGACGCAGUCGGCAGUUUCAAAAACACCUAUGACCCUGCAAGAGCGAUCCAGCCCGGGAGUGCCUUUCCAAACUUCCAGCUGAGUGAUGCGACCGGCAACAAGGUGACGCUGAACGAGCUCCUGGCGAAAGGGCCCAUCCUGGUUUCUUUUUACCGGGGUGAGUGGUGUCCUUUCUGCAACCUUGAGUUGAGGGCGCUCCAAAACCACCUGGAUGAGUUUCGCAAGAGAGGUGUUACUUUGGUAGCUGUGUCUCCGGAGCUACCUGAUCAGUCGCUGUCCACGUCCGAGAAACUGUCAUUGAAAUUUCCCGUACUUUCGGACGUUGACAAUCAGCUGGCAAAACAGCUCGGCCUCUUGUUUGCUCAGCCCGAAUCUAUGCGAACUGUUUUUGACAAAUUUGGUGUGGAUUGGAACCAGCGGUACGGCAGUGACCACCUGGAAGUUCCGGUACCUGCGACAUUUUUGGUUGACAAGAAGGGAAUUGUGCGCAAUUUUUUUGUGAAUCCUGAGUAUCAGUACCGAUUGGAGCCUGAGACUGCCAUCCAAUGGAUUGAGCAGCUCUGA